AUGGCGUCUACGACCCGAUCAAUAGAGGAGACUUGUGCUGCGUUGAGUUUGGCAGAGGAGGAGGAGGCGGGGGGUGUUGAGUUUGGGGUGGAGGAUGUGGUGGUCGCGCUGGAAACCUACAAGUUUGCGGUGGUGGGCAGGCUGCUUACGGAUCGACCGAUUAAGUUUCCAAUGGUGCGUGAUACAAUGGCGGGGGUGUGGCGAUCAGGGAAGGGGGUUACCAUCAAAGAGCUUCAGCACAAUUUGUUCCUUUUUCAGUUUUACCAUCAGUUUGAUCUGACCAGGGUGCUGGAAGACGGGCUUUGGUCUUUCGAGCAAAAUCUUCUGCUGGUCAAGAGAUUGGACGAAAACCAAUCUCCCCUCAACGUUGCUUUGACACAUGCGGAGUUUUGGGUGCAGGUUCACAAUCUUCCGAUGGGGUUUAUGUCUGUUCGCGUGGCGGAGGCGGUGGGUAAUUAUGUGGGGCGGUUUGUGGCGGCUGACCAUAACAACUUCGGUGGUUCUUGGAAGACAUUUAUGCAUGUUCGGGUGGAGAUUGACGUGGGAAAGCCAUUGAAACGGAAGAUGAAGCUUAAGAAGCAAGGGGGCGAAUGGUUUUGGUUGGACUUCAAGUAUGAGAGGUUGCCCUCCUUCUGCUUCCUGUGUGGGUUGCUGGGGCACACGGAUCGAUUCUGUAGCAGAAACUUUGAGGAAGGUGGGGUGGUGGGGGAGAAGCCAUAUGGGGUGUGGCUCCGGGCUGGUGGGCGGCGUACAAUGGCGAUGGCUGGCCAGCGGUGGCUAGUCGACAAUGCGGCGGCGCGUGAGGGUGGUAAGGGUCCGGGGAACGUGGAGCCAUCCAUGCAGGUUCCCACGUAA